AAAAACAUUUUACAAUCGUUACAAAAAAAAUACAUAUACAGACUUAUUUAGAAUCGGUAAUCAAACCCUAAAAGGAAGCUCUGAUUCUAAUCAAACCCUAAGGAAAGCUCUCACGCCGGUCUUUUGUUAUAACACGCUCUCCCUUGUUGUGUUCUCACUCUCUCCUUCUCUACGACGCCGCGCGCUUUCUCUAGAACUCUCGAUUGAUUCCUCUCCGAGAUAAGAAAAUAUCUUGACCUGGAUUUGAUUUAUUCGGAAGGAUUUUUGAAACCGACCCUGUAAUUUGUCAAUGGGUCGGAAGAAGCCGAGUACUCGUGGUGGAGAAGAUGAGCAGCCACCCGCUGCUGCGUCAUCUCUCGUUGGUGCUACUAAAUCUAAGAAGAAGGCUGUUAAAAUCGAUGACGAUGAGUACUCCAUAGGUACUGAGGAGCCAAGAGUUGAGGAAGAAGAUAAGGUUGUUGUUAUCACUGGGAAGAAGAAGGGUAAGAAAGGUAAUAAGAAGCAGCAGGACGACGAUGAUGAGUUUACUGUUGCCGAGGAAGACGAUGUUCCUGAGAUUGCUUUUGUAGGGAAGAAGAAGUCCAAAGGUAAGAAGGGUGGUGGUGGUGGCGGCGCUGUUAGCUUUGCUUUGCUUGAUGAUGAAGAUGAUAAGGAGGAUAAUGAUUCUGAUGGUACUGAGCUCUCUGAGGAGCCUAGAGUUGAGGAAGAAGAUAAGGUUGUUGUUAUCACUGGGAAGAAGAAGGGUAAGAAAGGUAAUAAGAAGCAGCAGGACGACGAUGAUGAGUUUCCUCUUGCCGAGGAAGACGAUGUUCCUGAGAUUGCUUUUGUAGGGAAGAAGAAGUCCAAAGGUAAGAAGGGUGGCGGUGGUGGCGGCGCUGUUAGCUUUGCUUUGCUUGAUGAUGAAGAUGAUAAGGAGGAUAAUGAUUCUGAUGGUGACAAAGAUGAUGAGCCAGUUAUAAGUUUUACUGGUAAGAAAAAGAAAUCCUCCAAAUCUUCUAAGACGACCACUAAUUCCUUUAGCGCCGCUUUGCUUGAUGACAACGAAGAAGAAGAUGAGACAAAUACUAAGAGUGUAAGGACAGAUAAUGAUUCUGAUGGUGACAAAGAUGAUGAGCCAGUUAUAAGUUUUACUGGUAAGAAAAAGAAAUCCUCCAAAUCUUCUAAGACGACCACUAAUUCAUUUAGCGCCGCUUUGCUUGAUGACAACGAAGAAGAAGAUGAGACAGUGGAAGACGAAGAGAGCCCUGAAAUCACGUUUUCAGGUAAGAAGAAAUCUUCUAAAAAGAAGGGUAGCAGUGUUUUGCCCUCACUAGGUGAUGACUCAAUUGCUGACGAAACUAGCCAAGCUAAAACUUCUGAUACUAAGAGUGUGGAGGUUGUUGAAACUGGAGAGAGUAAGAAAAAGAAGAAGAAUAAUAAGAGUAGAAGGACAGUACAGGAAGAGGAUGAUUUGGACAAACUUCUUGCAGAACUUGGAGAAGCCCCUGCUGCUGCUUCAUCCAAAGAAGAGAAAGUUCAAGCUCAGCCUGAGCCAGUUGCACCGGUAGAUAAUGCUGCUGAGAAGGAAGGAGAAGAAGAGACUGUUGAGAGUGCUGCAGCAAAGAAGAAGAAAAAGAAGAAGGAGAAAGAGAAGGAAAAAAAAGCAGCAGCUGCUGCCGCUGCAACCUCUUCUGUAGAGGCUAAGGAGGAAAGACCAGAAGAAUCAGUAACUGAGGAACAACAGCCGAAGAAGAAGGAUGCAAAGGGUAAAGCAGCAGAGAAGAAAAUUCCCAAACAUGUUAGAGAGAUGCAAGAGGCUCUUGCACGGCGGCAAGAAGCCGAAGAGCGAAAAAAGAAGGAAGAAGAAGAAAAAUUGAGAAAGGAGGAAGAGGAGCGCCGCAGGCAGGAAGAGCUUGAGGCGAAAGCUGAGGAGGCUAAGCGUAAGAGAAAGGAAAAGGAAAAGGAGAAAGUCUUGAGGAAGAAGCAAGAGGGCAAGCUUCUAACUGCAAAACAAAAGACUGAAGCUCAGAAGAGGGAGGCUUUUAAGAAUCAGAUCCUGGCUGCUGGUGGAGGUCUUCCUGUUGCAGAUAAUGAUGGUGAGGCUACUUCUUCAAAGCGUCCCAUUUAUGUCAACAAGAAAAAAUCAUCUCGCCAGAAAGGCAAUGACACUUCUAUUCAGGUGGAAGAUGAGGUAGAGCCAAAAGAGAAUCAUGCAGGUGAACCAGUUCCUUUAGGUGAAGUGGGUUCAGCAGACACUGAAAAGGUUGAUUUAAUAGAGUCAGCAAACACAGAUGAGAAAUCACAACCUGCUGAUGUAGCUCAGGAGAAUGAGAAUGGGGUUGAGGAAGAUGAUGAAGAAGAUGAGUGGGAUGCAAAAAGCUGGGAUACUGUUGAUCUUAACCUUAAAGGUGAUUUUGAUGAUGAAGAUGAAGAAGCUCAGCCUGUGGUUAAGAAAGAAUUACAAGAUGCUGUAUCAAAGGCACAUGAUUCAGACCCUGAAGCUGAAAAACCAACAGCUAAACCAGCAGGUAUGGGCAAGCCAACAACAGCUGCUGUAAAAGCUGUGCAUGAAGUGGAAGAUGAUACACAGAAAAAACGAGCUCCCCGAGCAAAAGAGGCCUCUAAGAAGGGUAAAGGUGUAGCUCCGAGUGAAUCUAUAGAGGGUGAGGAAAAUCUGCGGUCUCCCAUUUGCUGCAUCAUGGGUCAUGUCGAUAGUGGUAAAACAAAGCUGUUGGAUUGCAUCAGAGGAACAAAUGUACAGGAAGGCGAGGCUGGAGGUAUUACUCAGCAGAUUGGUGCAACAUAUUUCCCUGCGGAAAACAUCCGAGAGAGGACCAGGGAACUGAAAGCUGAUGCAAGACUCAAAGUGCCAGGUCUAUUGGUUAUUGAUACACCUGGCCACGAGUCCUUCACGAAUCUGCGGUCAAGAGGUUCAAGUUUGUGUGACCUUGCAAUUUUGGUGGUUGAUAUAAAGGCUGGGUUACAGCCACAGACCAUAGAAUCGCUAAAUCUUUUGAGAAUGAGGAAUACAGAGUUCAUUAUUGCAUUGAAUAAGGUGGAUAGGCUAUAUGGAUGGCAAACAUGCAAGAAUGCUCCCAUCGUGAAAUCACUGAAGCAACAACCUAAAGAUGUUAUAAGUGAAUUUAACGUGGAACUGAAAAAGGUUAAAAACCAGUUCCAGGAGCAAGGACUCAACACUGAGCUUUAUUACAAGAAUAAAGAAAUGGGAGAAACUUUCAGUAUUGUUCCUACUAGUGCUGUUAGUGGGGAAGGGGUCCCAGAUCUCUUGCUGUUGUUGGUUCAAUGGGCUCAGAAAACAAUGGUUGAGAAACUUACAUAUGUCGACGAAGUGCAGUGUACUGUCCUGGAGGUCAAAGUUAUUGAAGGCCAUGGAACAACGAUUGAUGUUGUGUUGGUAAACGGUGAACUCCAUGAAGGUGAUAAAAUCGUCGUUUGUGGGCUACAGGGACCUAUUGUCACAACGAUUAGAGCAUUACUGACUCCUCAUCCAAUGAAGGAGUUACGGGUGAAGGGUACUUAUCUGCAUUACAAAGAAAUAAAGGCUGCACAGGGUAUCAAGAUUACUGCCCAGGGCCUUGAACACGCAAUUGCUGGUACUGCCCUGCAUGUGGUUGGACCUGAUGAUGACAUCGAGACAAUUAAGGAGUCGGCUAUGGAAGAUAUGGAGUCAGUUUUGAGUAGGAUUGACAUAGGUGGUGAAGGAGUCUAUGUCCAAGCGUCUACAUUAGGGUCAUUAGAAGCAUUGCUUGAGUACCUGAAGUCCCCAGCUGUAAAGAUACCAGUCAGUGGUAUUGGCAUAGGGCCUGUGCAUAAGAAGGAUAUAAUGAAGGCGGGAGUUAUGCUGGAGAGGAAAAAGGAAUAUGCUACGAUUUUGGCUUUUGACGUUAAAGUGACUACAGAGGCUAGUGAGCUUGCUGAGGAUAUGGGAGUUAAAAUUUUCUGCGCUGAUAUCAUCUAUCAUCUUUUCGAUCUAUUUAAGGGUUACAUUGAAAAUAUCAAAGAGGAGAAAAAGAAGGAAUCAGCCGAGGAAGCAGUCUUCCCUUGUGUCCUUAAGAUUUUACCUAACUGUGUGUUCAAUAAGAAAGACCCAAUAGUCCUUGGAGUUGAUGUCGUCGAGGGUAUACUUAAGAUUGGGACCCCCAUUUGUGUCCCAGGCAGAGAGUUCAUAGAUAUUGGCCGCAUUGCAUCUAUUGAGAACAACCACAAGCCUGUUGACUAUGCAAAGAAGGGCGACAAGGUGGCGAUAAAGAUUGUUGGUUCGAAUGCGGAAGAGCAGAAGAUGUUUGGAAGGCACUUUGACAUGGAAGAUGAACUUGUGAGUCACAUUUCGAGGAGAUCUAUUGACAUACUCAAAAAGGAUUUCCGGGAUGAAUUAGAGUUGGAUGAGUGGAAGCUAGUUGUGAAACUAAAGAACAUCUUCAAGAUACAGUAGAUUCCCUGAACAUUCAAAUGUAUACUCUUGAGCUUCAAACACUCACACGCCUUGUUAUGCCGUGUCUGCGUCGAUGCAGAACAAACAAAUUCAUCUUCCUGCUUCUAACCGAAGCAUUCACAGAAGAUAUGAGAUUAAAGAGAGACAAAAGNUUUUUUUUUUUUUUUUUUUUUUUUUUUUUUUUUUUUUUUUUUUUUGUCUUCUCCCUGAAAAGUGCUGAAUAAUUGGUUCAUCAACCUUCAUGCUGGCAAAAUUGCAGGGAAAGAAGAGCCUUUUGAGUCUUCGUGAUAUACAAAUAUCAUCAUCCUUAUAUGCCUUUUUGACUU